CUCUCGCUUACUCUCUCAUACGUCGCUUUCAGUCAUAAAUUAGGGAAAAGCAAGCAGACAGCUCCACACUCUCUCUCUCUUUUUUCUUCUCACCACCCACACCCAGCGCAUAAACAUUACCCCCUCUCUCUCCACUUCCUCUUUCUUCUUCUUACUUUAUCUCUUUCUUAUUACUACUACUACUCAUCAUGGAAGCUACGUUUGAUGGAUUCUCCAUAAGAGAGUACACUUCUAAGAUGAGGUCCAUCGACGUUUUCAAAUGCUGGCCAUUCCCUUCAUCUUCUAACCGUCAAGUCACACGCGACGAACUUCACUCUUGCCUUCCUCCCAUCACUCUCUGCCCUAACAGAUCCAAUCAAAACAAAUCACAACCUUCUAGAACCAUCCAUCAAGGUUACUCCACCGAACAAUCAUCCAAAUCACAUCAUUUCCCUUCUCCUUCUCCUUCUCCCUCUCCUGCUCCUCCUCGUUCCGCUCUUCUUACUGACGAUGAUGAUAAAUUGGAGAUGAUUUGUCCGGUAUGUCGCGAAUUUAACGCUAAUACUCUCACGGCGGUGAACGCUCACAUCGACGGUUGUUUAUCGGAGUCGGUUAGAGUAGAGCGACGUCACAUGAGGAUGAUGAAUUCCAAAGCUACCAAGUCCAAGACGCCGAAGAAACGUUCUAUAGCUGAGAUUUUCAAGGUGGAGGAUGAAGAUCAGGAUGUUGACGAUGAGGUUUCGAUUACCGUUAGGAAGUUUCGGUGGCUCUCUCAACGGCUUGAGGCGUUGAGAUCUAAAGGUGGAGGUGGUGAAUCGGUGAAAUCUUAUGUUGAGGAGGAGAAAUUGGAGAUGAUUUGUCCUGUUUGUCGUGAUUUCAACGCUUCGACUGUGACGGCGGUGAACGCUCACAUCGAUAGUUGUUUAGCGCAUGCGGUUAGGGAUGAACGGCGUCAGACGAAGAAGACCGGUUUUAAGCCGAAACCUAAAGCGCCGAAGAAGCGUUCGAUUGCCGAGAUUCUCACGGUAGCGCCGCCGAUUGAAGUUAGUAAAAGCAAAAGCAAGGUGAUUGAGGUUGAGGAAGGUGAAGAUGACGAUGAAGAUGAAGAAGACAAAUCCUCCGAUUAUUCAGGCGAGGAUUCCAGUACUUCUGCUGCUGCUACUUUUGAUUCGAUAGUGAAGAACAAGAAGUGUACGAACAAAAACAGCAAAAAGAAAAAAACGAAGGAAGGUCAGAAGAAGAAGACGAUGAAGAGCAAGUUGGGAAAUCACGUUGAUAGUUGUGUGCUGAUGAACGAUGAAAAGAAGACGAACAUGAAAAAGAAGAAGAAAAAGAAGAAAAUCUUCAACAAUGAGCUCACUGGGAAGAAGGUAAGUGCUAACAAGCACGUGGUGCAAACUGCCGUAAAUAGUUGCAGAAAACUAAGAGGUACAAUUGGUAAUAAAAUGGUUGCAUUCCAAGACAUUGAACCUUCUGUCCAUAGAAAGAAAUUGGGUUUAAAUGGCUUAUCAGUAGAAAAAAAGCAACAAGUUAUAAACUGUGACUCAGUUGGAAAGCGGCAAAAAGCAGAUUCUCCUGUUCGGGGCAUUCUUAAGAACCACUUAAAGCAUGUUUCUGGAGAGAUGUCAGAUGGAUGUAAAAUUCAAGAUGGUACUGAAGAAAUCCAUGAGAAUGAUCAAGUGCUAACCUACGACAGACAUGUCAAACUUUCUUAUAAACAUGAAAUAGUUGGUCCAAAAAAGAGAAGUUCAUUUGAUGAAACCAUGUUUGACAUAUCUUCAGAUGCACCGGCUACUUCAUUAGUAAAGGAGCAGUCCUCUGGAACUGAUGAAGAAAGUGCUAGUUUUGAGGAUAACAAAAAUUAUGACUACAUUGCCCUUAAGAUAGACAACAAGAGAGAGGAGGUUUGCCCUAUAAUUGAAAGCAAACAUUUUUCUAAUACUCCAGAACAAGUCACUGGACCAAAUUUCAUGAAGCCAUGUAUCAAUCAAGAGCAAUCAAGCCAGUUAGAACAGAAGUCUGAAUUGUUAACCAAGAUGGCUGUUUAUGACAAUAAUAAUUCACAGCUUUUUGAUAUAGGCAACACAACUACAUUGAGUUUUUCUUCAUAUGCUGGCAUUUCUAGACAUCUUUUUGCAGUCCAGGACGGGCAAGUGUGUGGUAAAAAUACACAGGUGUGUGAAUCUGGUGUUUUCAGUUCCGGUGGAAAGUUCAUUGACUAUUCGGAGGAUCCUACUUUUGAGGUUGAUGAUGUGAACAAAAAUGCAAGUACAAAGACAUUUGUGGAGUCAUCAUCGUAUUCUUCUCCAUAUAACAAAGUAAAUGAAAAACCAGAGUCUCCAUUGCAAACUUAUGGAGUUAAUGGUAAUAUUGGCCAGGCCUUGGGUGACAGACAGUUGUAUAAUAUGUUUCCUGCAGAUAUGAUUGAUAAAUCAUACCCUUUUACAAGCUGGGGGAAAGGAAGCAUAAGAAAUAGCUGUUUGGAUCCUAACAUUUUCGGUUUGCCACUCAAUUCUCAUGGUGAGCUGAUCAAUUUCAGUUCAAGUGGAAAUGUAGGGAUGAACCAGCUGGAGCCAUCAAGUCCAUUAGGAGGUUCUUUAAGUGGCUUGCCCAUUAAUAAUAUUCUCUGUCAAAGUAGUCAGGAAAAUUUAAGCAAUAAUGAGGUGCAUGUUGUUCAAAAGACAUUACCAAAAGAUGGUCUAAAUUCAUUUCCUCAUUAUUCACCCAGGUUAGCUGUCGCCGAGUUAUGCAGUCAAAGAGAAGAUAUCCAUCGACCUAAUUCCGAAAUGUGUUCCAGUCACCAUGUACAGCCACUGAAUUCAGAGUUCCUUAAACGCAACUCGUGUAUUGAACAGAACCAACGUGAAAGAGUGCAGAACCACAAUGGAAGCACAAUGGUUUCUCUGAAAGAUGGUUCAGAUCACAUCUCACUAAGUUCCAGCCCACCAACAGUGAGGUUAAUGGGUAAAGAUGUUCCGAUUGCUAGAAGCAGCCAAGAGAUGCAACAAUUUACAGGAGAUGUUUGGACUGAUGAGGAAUCCAGAAAAAGGCAUUAUGCUGAAUGUACUGCUUUAGAAAAAUCUUUCCUGGGAAGAUGUUCCAAGCAGGAUUGGGUAUCUGGUUCCCCUAUACCAAUAUCCACCGAUAGUGUAUUGCAGUUGGAGAGAAUUCAAAGCACUCAUGGAUUGCAAAGCUCUCGGGGAUUUCCUCAGCAGUUUAUUGAGCAGCAAAGUAAUCAUGUAUCUCAAAAUGGAAGCCUCCAAGUUGGCAGAAAUGCCAGUUCUUAUUUCAAUCCUAUUGAUCAGGAAUCUACCUCUUAUGCAGUAUUUAAUGGGGCACCCAAUGACUUUUCAGAGCAGUUUAUGGCUGCUUCUAAACCUUCGGGACCGAACUCUCAGCCACAGGUAUUACCCACUCCUUGCACUUUUAGACUGCCGGCAUGUUCAAAUAAUGGCGAGCUUAAUGGCAGGAUAAAAAACCCUCAUGCUACAAAAUCAGCCUUCGGAUUUCCUUUCUUGCAACCUGCUGAUAAUGAACUGGCCAAAACGUAUUGGUUUCAGGGGCCUUACAGAAGUGUGCCAUCUUGGUUGUCAAGCUCAACAGAUGACACGCUAACUAGGACCUAUUCUCAGCAACUUUCUGGUGUAGGUAAUCAAAGUUUUCCUCAAAAUCGAUGGGGAAAUAAUUUCACUUCGCCGUCGGUUACUCAUUCAGCAGAUGUUCUCUACCCCUCUAAUCCUCUGACUUCUCGGGGUCCCAUGAAGACAACCCUUCUUUGUCCAGCAUCUAUUGUUCAACCUCCACAAGUUUCAGUUACACCCUCUACCAUGAAUAGUGGUUGCCGAAACAUAAAUAAGGCCGUUGACGGUGUUAACUUGGAUGAUAAUAUGGUUGUCAAAGACUAUCAUCCAUGUACAAAUAUCAGGAAGAGACCUGCAGAUAAUCUUGAUGAUUCUAGAAAACCUAUCAAGAUAUCCAAUAUAGAAGUGAACGAAAACUUGAGUCAUGUGACAAGGUUGACUAGAGAAAACUCAAGUGUAGAAUUGCAACGUAACAAAAGAGCUGUGAUAAUUGAUCCACAAGUGGAGAUUGCUAGAAGUAGAUGUUGCCAGAAUGUAGCACAAAAUCUAAGUUCUACUAGUUAUCCGGCUGUUGAUUCUUUUAAUCUGGACGGCACAAUAAGAUCUGGUCCUGUCCGACUUGGUCCCAAAAGAGCUAAGCACAUCCUAAAAUCCUCUUGAAAAAAUGGAUUAGGAUAGCGAAAGAGCGAUCCUUUUUGCCAUAUUGUCAUUUAUUGCCAUAUCUAGAUAAUUUACUAAAGUAUACUGAUUUUUGGUGUAAGUCAUAUCAAUUUAUCAUAUAUGCUUUUUCCAUCUUUAUAGUAUAUAUAUCCGUUUGUGAA